CUCAUCGACCAGGCGACUGCUUAUUCACUCGACGGCGUAUGCACCGAGCUUACUGUCAGCCGCUCUUCGUAUCCCAGCGUGCUUCGCCACGCUUGCAUCGGGCCUCCGUCCCAGCCCUCGACUUAGAUACAUACAUAUAGCUUCGGGCCAGCUCGUCUCCGAGCCACAGCCAUUCCACCCCAUACGUACACCAUGGAAACCUCACGGAGCAAGGAAACCGCUCGCGUGCCCCCGCCCAUCGUAACAUCGGCACCGCCAGUCGCAAUGCCGUCGCCGCCUCCCUCGCAAUCGGGCCACGCAGGCGACGCCAAAGCCUCCAUGGACAUGGUGGACAACAACACGCCGCCCUUCUCGCCAUCGAGCCAGACGCCCGUGCUGCAGCAGGAGCAGGAGGAGUUUGAGGGCACGCUCGACAUCAACAACGACAUACCCACCGAGCAGGACCUCAGCCAAGUGGCGGAUAUGCUGGUGCUCGAUGCCGACGGCCAGAGCCGGCCCUUCAAGGAGCUCUACCAGGCGCCGCAUGUUGCUUCGCGACAGCUCAUCAUCUUCAUCCGGCAUUUCUUCUGUGGAAACUGCCAAGAAUACCUACGCACGCUGGCCUCAUCCAUCACGCCCGACGACCUCCUCGCGCUCCCCACGCCGACCUUCAUCACCGUCAUUGGGUGCGGGCGGCCCGAGCUGAUCCCCAUGUACACGGAGACGACGGGCUGCCCGUUCCCCAUCUACGCCGACCCAACCCGCAAGCUCUACGACCACCUGGGCAUGACUCGCACGCUCAAUCUUGGCGCUAAGCCCCAGUACAUGCAGACCAACGUGCUCAUCAACUCGGUGCAGUCGAUAUUCCAGGGCCUCAGCACAGGCAGGAAGGCGCUCAAGGGCGGCGACUUCAAGCAGGUCGGCGGCGAGUUCUUGUUCGAGAACGGCGAGUGUACGUGGGCGCACCGCAUGAAGACGACGCGAGGCCACGCUGAGGUGUCGGAGAUACGGAAUCUGAUUGGACUGGACAGCACAAAGCCGCCCAUGCGGCGCAAGUGGAGCCAUGAGGUCAAAGGGCCUGAUAAAAACAAAAGAAGAACAUUGAGCUGGGGAAGGCUCCGAAGCAAAAGCAAGGGCGGCAAAGACGUGUCGACAGAUAGAGACAGCAGCAAGCAGACGACGCCAGACCGAAUACUGGAAGAGCAGGGGCCGUAGCGCCAGCGAGUAGAGUAUGUACUGUCAUAGGCGUGGUUACACGGAGGGUAUAGGCCGCUGGGUGGCAGGGAGUAUGGCGUUUUCGACUCGGUGGUCGGGGUCAACAGGAUGCAAGAUACCAAUUCAGCACAGUCUUUUUUGUUGAUGCUUGUUCCAGGCCUACACGCGCUGGUAUGCCGUUAUUACUAUGAUUAUUAUCCGC